AUGCUUUCUUAUCGCUUGCCAGAGCUAUCUUCAGAUUCCUUAGAUCUUUCUGUAAUCAACGAUCCUUAUGAUACUCUUAUAGAAAUCCAUGAUAGAACAUCCGGCGAUAUCAAGGAUUUCAAUGCGCAUUCAAGCGUGCUCCGUAGAAGAUGCGAAUAUUUUAAGGUUGCUUUAUCAGAAAAAUGGACAAGAAAAAUUGAUGAUAAGUAUAAGCUAAGAUUGGAUGGUUCAUCUGAUGCCUUUGAAAUAAUAUUAAAGGGUAUCUGUAGCGGAACGAUCAUUUUGAAAAAUCUGAACACGGAUAUUUUGAUGGAAUUAAUGCUGGCAUCCGAUAUUCUUCUCCUCCAUGAGUUUUUCGACUUAUUAAGAUCCAAAUUAAAUGAAAAAAGAGAUAUAAACAAGAACUGGUGUGAUGAAGAUAUUAUUUCUAUAUUACGAACCUCUUAUCGCAUUGCAUCCGCUCAAGACCUCUAUUUACUUUGUCAAGAUAUCGUGGCAGAAAGGCCAUUGAUUUUAUUUGAAUCUCCAACAUUUCCAUCGAUUGACGAGGAAAUAUUGCUGAGUAUCUUAAAGCUGGACGCGAUUUACUUGCCCGAAAUAAUAAUUUUUAAUAAAUUGAUCGAGUGGGGCAUUGCAAACACCCCCGAUUUCGAUACUUUAACCGAUAACACAUCUCAGAUCAAUGCAUUGGGAGUUACUUUAGAGAAGGGGUUGCCACUGAUUCGAUACGUCAACUUGAGUAAUGAAGAAGAGUUGACAAUUCUCAAGUUUGAACAAAUAUUGCCAGAAGUUCGAUACCAACUUCCACGUCGCAUUAAUUCACCUAUUGAACCAAGAAUUAUUAGUAGCAGAUUUGCUGGAUUAAUUGCGACAUGGAUUGACAGAAAGAAUCCUAUUGAAGCCCCAUACACCGCAUCUAAUAAUCCAUUUCAGUUUAGGCUUGUGUUUCGUAUGGACGAUCAGACAACCUUCUAUCAAGAACACCAUAAAUAUUACAAUAAAUCCUCAGAUAGAUCUUUACCAACAAUGAAAUGUCACCACGGACCUUCGCUAAUGAUAAUGAAGCUUAAAAGCUCCGGAAAAAUAAUUGGUGCCUACAAUCCUAUCGAUUGGAAGCAAGAUUUACCAAAGAAUGUAUAUCUUUGUACUUCAGAAAGUUUUCUUUUUUCAAGUGAAGAUAUGUAUGGAACAAAUCAUCGGUUAAGCAGAGUUCGUGAUUUUGAUCACGCAAUUUGUCUAGAGGGUGUAAAUCCCAGUGGUGUGCUAUUAAAAUUUGGUGAAGAUUUAAUAAUUUCUAAGAAAUAUUCUUUCAGUAAUGUCAGUUGUUAUGUUAAGAACGGAUUUUAUGAGCAACCAACUAUAAUGGAUGAAGGCAGCUAUGAGAUUGAACAAUGGGAGAUUUAUAGAGUCAGUAGAAAAGAUGGCCAACCUAUGAUGGUGAUAGACGAAGUUAAACAUCAAGUUCCACCUCGCAUUAAUCCACUUGAAAUAAGGAUUAUUGAUAGCGAGUUUGUUGGAUUGAUUGCGACAUGGAUUGACAGAGAGGACCCUAUGAAAGCUCAGUACACUGGAUCUAAUAUACCAUUCCAAUUUACGCUUUUAUUUCGUAUGAACGAUAAUACAACUUUCUAUGAAGAACAUAAUAAAUAUUAUAACCAAUCAACAGGUAGAUUAUUACCAACAAUGAAGUGUCAUCAUGGACCUUCACUGAUGAUCAUGAAACUUAAAAAUUCAGGAAAGAUAAUUGGAGCUUAUAAUCCCAUCAAUUGGAAACAAAGAUCAAGUGAUGAUGAAUAUGUAUAUACGAAAGAUAGCUUUAUUUUUUCAAGUGAAGAUAUACAUGGAUCAAAUCAUCGGUUAAGCCGUGUUAUGAAAGAUUUUUAUCAUGCAAUUGGUGCAAAUAAGAUUACUUCUCGCUCGCAUUAUUCAGAUAUCGAAGUCCUCAAAGGUAUACUUUUAAGUUUUGGCGGUUUAGGAUUUGUUUAUGAUGAAGGACGUAGGACGGAUCCUUGUGUUAUCUGUCGUGUUAGGCACGAUGAAUCUUAUGAGCAACCAACUAUAAUAGCUGAAGGCGAUUACAAAAUUGACGAAUGGGAAAUUUUUAGAGUCACUAGAAAAGAUAAUUUUGUUCCAUCUCAACUAUAUUCACCUAUUGAACCAAAAAUCAUUAAUAGCAGAAAAAAUAGUGUAGUGCCAUUUCGAAUUGAUUCACCUUUUGUUGGAUCAACUGAACUUAUUAACAACAGUUUUGCUAGAUUGAUUGCGAAAUGGAUUGAUGGAGUAGAUGAUUCAUAUACCAAUUUUGACAUGCCAUUCCAAUUUACACUUUUGUUUCGCAAGGGCAAUGAUAGAACUUUGUAUAGUAAAUAUUAUAACCAAUCAACAUAUAGAGAAUUGCCAACAAUGAAAUGCCACCACGGACCUUCACUAAUGAUAAUGAGGGUUAAAAAUUCUGGAAAAAUAAUUGGUGCCUAUAAUCCUAUUAAUUGGAAGCGAGAUUUAACAAAUUGUAAGAAUAAAUAUGUUCACACAUCGGAAAGUUUUAUUUUCUCGAGUGAAGAUAGGUCUGGAACAAAUCCUCAAUUAAGCCGAGUUAAAAAUUUUGAUAAAGCGAUGUCUCAGGUGAACAUAUAUCCCAAUGGCAUGCUGUUGAAAUUUGGUGAAGAUUUGGGCUUUAUUUAUGAUCAUGGAAAUUUACAUACUGAUGAGCCAGAUUAUGGAAUGGAGGACGACGUUAGAUUUCCUCGUGUCUUUUGUUACGUUAAAGAAAAUGGAUUUUAUGAACAACCAGCUAUAUUACCUAAAGGCAACUAUGAGAUUGAUCAAUGGGAAGUAUUCAGAGUCAUUAGAACGGAUAACCAAUAA